AUGCUCCUUGCUGUCAUUCUGCACAAGUUUCCCAUCACGCCCCACCGGAGGUGCUUGUUCUGCAGUGACAGCAGCAUCAGCCUGUUCUAUAAGAACAGUACGCUGCCCACCACUGUCCUGGUAGUUGUGGGGUUCACUGUGCCCAUCACCUCUGUAAAUCUUUAGCAUGGUUCAGCAGCAGGAGGGAAAGGAAACGCAUCCACGGGACUCUGAUUCACUCCAUCCAGAGAUUCACUGAAUGUGGCUAUAUGCCCAGGCCACCUCACAAAUUUAGCAGUUGAUUAUCUACUUUCAAUUGAUUGUAACCAUGAACCUAGAAGUGAUAUGGGAUUAGCCUUGGUUUCAGUCUGUCUAUAAACAUUUUCCAAACAUGUUGGCAUAACAACCACAAAGGAGUUGUGGGAAAGCAGAAACAGACAGGCACCAAGGCUAGUAUACAAACCCUAUUGGUUCAAAACCUACUCGGCUCAUCAAUACUGAAUUCAGACCUAAACCACUAUUUCCUAGUAAUUGGUUUUAGGUUGAGAACUAUCUGAGUGGAGACAACAAGUCUGGAAAGAUGGGAGUGAAAAGUGAGACCCCCAUGUUCCCUGUCCGUCCAUCGCUGUGCCAUGUACCUGUGGACACUCCUUUUGGAGCCCCUUAUUGAUCCCCUCUCUCUCUCUUCUCUAUCUCCCUCUCUCUUCUCUCUCUCUCUCUCUCUCUUCUCUAUCUCUCUUUGUCUAUCCCUCUCCUUCUCUUCUCUCUCUGCCUCACGACUGCUGUGUACAUAGCCGGCCUGCCUUUCCUGAUCAUAGAGACUAGUGCUGUACAGCCCUACCGCCGAGGCUUUUACUGCAACGAUGAGUCCAUCAAGUACCCGGCAAAACACGGAGACACCAUAAGCGAUGCUGUGCUUUCUGCUGCUGGCAUUCUUAUCACCAUCCUUUCUGUAAGUCACUAUACCUCACUAAUUAGCCUGAGUCCCAGAUCAGUUUGUGCUGUCUUGCUAACUCAUAUGUACAGUUGAAGUCGGAAGUUUACAUUCACUUAGGUUGGAGUCAUUAAAACUUGUUUUUCAACCACUCCACAAAUUUCUUGUUAACAAACUAUAGUUUUGGCAAGUCGGUUAGGACAUCUACUUUGUGCAUGACACAAGUCAUUUUUCCAACAAUUGUUUACAGACAGAUUAUUUCACUUAUAAUUCACUGUAUCACAAUUCCAGUGGGUCAGAAGUUUACAUACACUAUGUUGACUGUGCCUUUAAACAGCUUGGAAAAUUCCAGAAAAUGAUGUCAUGGCUUUAGAAGCUUCUGAUAGGCUAAUUGACAUCAUUUGAGUCAAUUGGAGGUGUACCUGUGGAUGUAUUUCAAGGCCUACCUUCAAACUCAGUGCCUCUUUGCUUGACAUCAUGGGAAAAUCAAAAGAAAUCAGCCAAGUCCUCAGAAAAUAAAUUGUAGACCUCCACAAGUCUGGUUCAUCCUUGGGAGAAAUUUCCAAACGCCUGAAGGUACCACGUUCAUCUGUACAAACAAUAGUACGCAAGUAUAAACACCAUGGGACCACGCAGCCGUCAUACCGCUCAGGAAGGAGACGCGUUCUGUCUCCUAGAGAUGAACGUACUUUGGUGCGAAAAGUGCAAAUCAAUCCCAGAACAACAGCAAAGGACCUUGUGAAGAUGCUGGAGGAAACAGGUACAAAAGUAUCUAUAUCCACAGUAAAACGAGUCCUAUAUCAACAUAACCUGAAAUGCUGCUCAGCAAGAAAGAAGCCACUGCUCCAAAACCGCCAUAAAAAAGCCAGACUACGGUUUGCAACUGCACAUGGGGACAAAUAUUGUACUUUUUUGAGAAAUGUCCACUGGUCUGAUGAAACAAAAAUAGAACUGUUUGGCCAUAAUGACCAUUGUUAUGUUUGGAGGAAAAAGGGGGUACCUUGCAAGCCGAAGAACACCAUCCCAACCGUGAAGCACAGGGGUGGCAGCAUCAUGCUGUGGGGGUGCUUUGCUGCAGGAGGGAGUGGUGCACUUCACAAAAUAGAUGGCAUCAUGAGGAAGGAAAAUUAUGUGGAUAUAUUGAAGCAACAUCUCAAGACAACAUACAGGAAGUUAAAGCUUGCUCGCAAAUGGGUCUUCCAAAUGGACAUUGACCCCAAGCAUGCUUCCAAAGUUGUGGCAAAAUGGCUUAAGGACAACAAAGUCAAGGUAUUGGAGUGGCCAUCACAAAACCCUGACCUCAAUCCUAUAGAAAAUGUGUGGAAGAAUGGACCAAAAUUCACCCAGCUUAUUGUGGGAAGCUUGUGGAAGGCUACCCGAAACGUUUGACCCAAGUUAAACAAUUUAAAGGCAAUGCUACCAAAUACUAAUUGAGUGUAUGUAAACUUCUGACCCACUGGGAAUGUGAUGAAAGAAAUAAAAACAGAAAUAAAUCAUUCUCUCUACUAUUAUUCUGACAUUUCACAUUCUUAAAAUAAAGUGGUGAUCCUAACUGACCUAAGACAGGGAAUUUUACUAGGAUUAAAUGUCAGGAAUUGUGAAAAACUGAGUUUAAAUGUAUUUGGCUAAGGUAUAUGUAAACUUCCGACUUCAACUGUAUAUGAGUUGCCAUAGGAGUUGGCAAGACAGCACAAACAGAUUUGUGACUCAGUCUAUGUUCACUUCACUUUCCACCUCACUGUUUCUGCAAUGUGCAGCACCAUCACCACUCACUGUACUGUGUGUCUACUAAAUUAUACCAAGGAUCAAGUCACCUCCCACUGGGCACACCACAUCAUUUCAACAUGGAAAUGUGGGUAAUAUUUGGUUGAGACGUUGAUCAAUGAGAUUUCAACCUUUAUUCACCCACUCAAAAAGACAGCCAGAAGUUUAUUGAAUUUCCAAUGUGUUAUCACUAUGCUUUUAACCAUUUAUAAAAGCACAACCAAAUUCCAAUGAAAAAAAUGAUGCCUGAUUUUUGAUUUCGUUGUCAUCUAAAUGUUUUAUCACCGCGCUUUCAACCAUUUAAAAGCACAACAAAGUUUAAAUGGGAAUACAAUGUCAGGAAUUUUGUAAUUAUACAACAACUGAAUUUGUUAUCACUGUGCUUCAUCUAAUAGCACAACCAAAUGACCUGGAUUGCAGUUGAUAUUCCAUUAAAAUAACAUGCUGUUCGAUACUCAGCACAGAUUGUUAUAGUAAUUGUGAAGAUCUCCACAGACCUGCGACCUUUGCAUGCUGUCUUGAUCAUGCACGCUUUCUACUAUUACAUAAGAAAGGGAUAGUUACAGUAACCCUCAAAAUGUGGCAAUGGAUGUGUUACUCAUUUUAAGGUUGAAUAAAUACUGUUACAUUAGUUUGUAAGAUUUACUGUACUACAAAAGUAAUAUUGAAUUGUGUUGGGUUGACAAUGCAGCCAAAUCUCAACAGUUAAAGGAGCUGUAUCUGAGCCACUGGCUUAAUCCUAUUCUUUAACUUUUAUUUUUGGUUUAGUUGGAGCUGUGAAUCCAACAUGUCAUUUGUUAACGUGUCGACAAGUUAAUAAGCAAUUUACUAUAUUGCAAAAGUGGUAUUGAAUUAUGUUUGGUGUGCAACGCAACCAAAUAUCAACAUUUGAAGGCGAUGGAUCUUUUGUGCCACUGACUUAGUCUGGCUUUAAUUCCAGGUUGUCUACAAAUUAAUAAUUGAUAUGUUGGCUUCACGUCUCCAUCUCAACCAAAAAUCUAAGUUAAUGAAUAGGACUAAAUCAAAUCAAAUCAAACUUGAAAUGCACUUUAAAUAAAGUGAUUUGAUUUGAUUUAGUUCUAUUCUUUAACUUAGAUUUUUGGUUAAGAUGGAGACGUGAGUCCAAUAUAUUAAUUAUUGACUUGACGAUUACAUUUGAAAUCAACCAAAGCUUGAAACCCUAGGCCUAUAUGAAUUGUUUAUUUUUUGUUGAACCCUAGGUUGAACUGAAACAAUAGCUGUUGAUGACUUCGCAAAUGCUAUAUAGGCCUAAAUAGUAAGAGCUCUUAGGGUUGCAUUCAUUGGAGUGAAACGUUACAGGACUUUCAGAUAGAAAUAGAUUAUGUAGAACAGAAAUGCUUCUCUGCCCUGUAGAAUAGGUGAUCAUGCCUAUUCAAGAUGUUUCUUUCUGCAACGUUCUGUAAGGUUGCACCUCACUGAACAGACCCAGUCAGGGGUUGAGGUGAUUGGGUUGGUUUGCAUGGUGAGAAGGAUCUCCCUGGACCUGUGUAAUUAUAGUUGACGUAAUGGUUGUUCAAUCAAACACUGUAAUUCACAGGGCUGGAAAUGUGGUGGAUGGCACAGGAGAAGAGCAAUAGGCCAAUAUUUAUUCUUCUGAAUGUGACACUAAAUUCCAUGUUCCCAUAGACCAAGGGGCUUUUGGCUGGCAUUUGUCUAUUUUGAACUCUUGAAACACUCUUAGCAUUAAAUAAUGUAAAACUUAGUUGCCCCUCAGAUAAAGCGGAGAGAGAAGCUGCCUGGCAUAAAAGCAUAGAAGCUUUGUCCCUUGCGGAAAAAUACAUAUCUGCAACAACAAAAAAACGACUCUGGGAGUGUUCAAGUUAACCUUUUAUAAGUGUAUAAUUUGUGUGACGACUAGACGUUUAUGAGACAAGCCACGAGACAACCUCUUCCCCCCUUUGAAUAUCUCUGAGGUUACAACUGUAACAGUUACACAAAGUUACUACAAAGCCGUUUCAUUCAUUCACAUAGUUCAUAUAUUCUCAGUUCUCACACAAUGAGAACCAGAUGUGUUCUUUUCCCUCCCAUGAAGCAGCUGGGUUGGAUCAACCAGGCUCUAAAGGGCUCCAUGGUGGAGAGAGAGAAAGGAAAAAAGAAAAACAUAUAUGUUAUCAGCUUGUAAAAUCUCCCAAUAGGACUUUCCCCCAAACGUGUUUUUAUCGAAAUGAGAUGUUUUUCGCAUCGGACAGGAAUUUCUCAAUGAAACCGAUAUGCUAACAAGAAAACACCCAGACAUCCCCUUGUGAAAUCAGAGCCCUGCGAAAACGAGUGAGCCGGCGCGGUGGAAAACAAACGUGCCCCAAUGUGUGUCUGCUCUGGCAGAGUCUGGCCACCAAAAAAUCAGACAUGUCGCCUAGCUCAGCGUUUCUCCUGGUUGAAACCAGAAGUGUUGCCCGCUCCCUCUUUCUCCCUCCCUUUCUCUCUCCCUUUUCAUUCCCUCUAUUUUCUCCCUCCUUUUCUCCCUUGCUCUUUUCCCCCCUCUCUUGCUCUCCCCCUCUCUCUUUGUCUCUCCCCAUUGACUCCUUCUCUCCCUCCUCCCUCUCUCACUUACUUCUUCUCUGCCCCUCCGUCCCUCCCUCCCUCCUUCUCUCCCUCCUCUCCCUCUCUCUUUCUCCAUCCCUCUCUUCACUCUCCCUCCCUCUUCUUCUCACUCCCUCCCUCUAUAAUUCUCAAGCUCUUUCUCUUUCUCUCCCCACUCACUCCCUCUCUCCCAUUUAUCAGUGGCCAGGAGGUAGACUAGAGGAGGGUGGGGAAGGGAAAAGCAUUUGAGCUUGAGCAGCUGUAGUGAGUUAUUGGAGUCCAGUCCACGUCCCCCGGCCCCAAGUAUGUCCGGCACGUCAAUCAUCGGUUUUAUACGUUUGUUUAUUUACCCACUUACUGAAAACCUUUGCAUGUGCCUUCCACAACUCACAUACUCAGUCACCCUCACAUAGCUACACUGAACGUAAUGCAUUUUGUUUUUUAUGUUAAUGGUGCAAACCAAGGGUUAGGCCUGGAGUGUUUUUGAUUGACUUUUCCCUCCAAAAUAGAGUCACAUAUUUGAAAUUCUUUGAUGCAAUGAUUUUUUCCCCUCAGCUCACACUAUCGUUGUAAUAUUACACUCUGAUUACUCCUAGUAUUGUCGCUCUAUACUCUCUGAUUAGUCUCUGCAGUUUUACUGCUGUGUUUAACUGAAUUCCAAAUGUAUAUUGGAAAACCAGAUGUCUGAUACUCUAUCAUACUCUAUCAUUAAGGAAAUAAAUAAGCAGUUCAUUUUUGUUUAAAUAAGACAUAAUAACAACAAUGAAACAAUUCAUUACUGAUAUUUACUCUGACAGUAAUUAGGAACUGUAUAACAGUAACAAUUUGACUUCAGUGGCCAUCCUUGUAGAUGACAUGACUGCUGACCCAUAUAUACAGUACAUAUAGAGAUGUGUAUUUCUGGUUCUGCAUGACUAUAUUCUCUCCUUUAUCCCUCUUGCCAGAUCAUCAUCUCUAAGAGAUAUAGUCAUGUCAUCUAUAAAGAUGGCCGCUGUAGACUCCGGGUCCACCAAUCACCAUUUGACUGCCACAGUGGCCAUCUUUGUACUGUAGAUGACAUGACUGUAUCCUCUCCUUGUUCCUUCCCCCAUCAGAUCAUCAUUGGUGAGAGCUACAGGAUCUACUACCUGAACGAGGGCUCCAAGUCCUUCGUAGGGAACCCCUACAUCUCCGCCCUCUAUAAGCAGGUGGGCGUGUUCAUCUUCGGCUGCGCGGUCAGCCAAUCGUUCACAGACAUUGCCAAGGUAUCGGUGGGCCGCAUGCGACCCCACUUCCUGGACGUGUGUAAGCCCGACUGGUCCACCAUCAACUGUUCUUUGGGCUACAUCACAGACUACCAGUGUAAUGGGCACGAGAGCAAAGUCCAGGAGGCCAGGUACAUUACUCUGAGAUUACUCCAUUGUGAUUGUGAAGCAUCUAUGUAAUGUUUAUGAAGAUUUUAUGAAUGCUCUAUAAAGAAACGUAGCCUAUAAGUUAUGUUUAGUUUAAAGUGGUACCGGAUAUUUGAUUUCAUACAAAGUGAAUGCUUAGUUCAAUAUCCAGGAGAAAGGCAUUACAUUGGUCUUACCUGUGCAUUAAUCUUGUAAUUACUAUAGUAACAACAUUGUAUUUCUCCUUUUCAGGAAGUCGUUCUUCUCUGGCCAUGCGUCCUUUUCCAUGUACACCAUGCUGUAUUUAGUGGUGAGUUACUGUUAUGUGUCUUAACCUCACACACACACACACACACACAUAACCCCCCCCCCCACAAACGCACACACAUAUACACACACACACACACACUAGCAGUCGCCCUGUGUUGAUUCAUUACCCAACUCUCCCGUUCUCCCAGUUCUACCUGCAGUCCAGGUUCACCUGGCAUGGAGCCCGUCUUCUGCGCCCCCUGACCCAGUUCACCCUUAUCAUGAUGUCCUUCUACACCGGCCUGUCCCGCGUCUCCGACCACAAGCACCACCCCACUGACGUCCUGGGUGGCUUCGCACAGGGAGCCCUGGUGGCCUACAGCAUAGUGAGUACUUGGACUUAGUAUUUACUAUGAGCCCCCACAACUGCAUAGUACUGUACUGCAUAUAAUUCAUAGUAUGUACUAUAGCUUACUACAUAGGAUGAUAUAGUACCGCAUAUACAACAUGGUAUAGUACUACAUGCAUAAUGAAGUUAUGCAGUCUGUAUCAUUAACAUGUCUGACCUGCUUUUACUAUAUCAUUUAUUAUUGACAAUAUAUACUUUUUUUCUUCUUCUUUCCUAUCCCUCAGGUGUUUUUCGUUUCUGACCUGUUCAAGCCCAAAGGCAGAAGUUCAGCUCUACCAGCGACCCCAGUAAAGAACCCCAACAACCCCACGGCAGACAUCAGAGAGCGGAGCAACCACCUCACCAUGGCAUAG